AUGGACGACCCGCGUCCUCAUCGACUACCCGGCGAACAGUCGACCACCCUCCCACUCGCGUCGUUCGCAGCGACACACGCACCGACGCACCCACUACCACGCCUGCUCACCGACCCAGUCAUACCGCGCGUCGCAGCAGUCGAGGGAUGGCUGCUCUCGUCCAAACCGGCCGCGCUCCUCCUGCGGUGGGGACUCGUCUCGGAGCGCUCAAUCGUCCUGGUCGCGCUGCUGGGACUCGUGUCGGCAGUCAUAAGAUGGAGGAGUCAGUGGCGGGGAAUGCUGUGGGCCUUGGGAGUCGGCGAAGCGCUCGGACGGACAGUGAGGCUACUUGAGCGUGAACAGCGCGCGGCAACAGGCGCAGGGGGCGAAGACGAUGACGAGGAGCAGCACGUGCUAUCGUUCUGGCUGCUCUUUGCGGCGCUCUCCCUCCUCGACAGCCUGCGGACGACGCCCUCGACCGCCGCCCCCUCUCCUCGCUCCUCGAUCUUCACCCUCCCAACACGCGUGCGCGACACCCUCCGAUCCUUCCGACAGACCUACCUCCACUUCCUGCGACUGUACAUCCUCCCCACCGCCCUUCGGACGCGCUUUGCGGCACGCGAACUCGUCCAGCGGUACCCGUCGCUCGACCCAGCCCCUCACCUCGCGCGUCUCCCUUCCCUCCCGCGCUUCUUCCCCUCAUCAUUCAUCGCGUCUCCUCCUACGUCCUCCGUCCCGCCUCGCCGAAGCUCGACCUUCCCGCAACCCCGUUCUCGACCCUGGGAUCCCCUACCCACGUCCCUCCCCCUCUCAUGGUCAUACUUCGCCUAUCCCUCCUCUUUCUCUCCCUCGCCCUCGGUACCGGCAUACUCCGUCCGCGCAAUGGCAGCAGCCGAAGCGCGCUGGGAACUCGUCAAGCUCUUGAUUCUCUGGACGGGUUUGAGGAGGGACGCGUUUGGUGCGAAGAGUGUAGUGUGGGAUUGGAUUGUCGGGCCGGUUGUUGGGGCUUUGCCCGGGCGGACAGAAAAAGAGACGGUCUGGAAGGUGGUGAAGGAGAGUCGGCGGGAGGAGAAGCUGGAGCAGGAACCGAGGGUCUCGCAGGACCGUCCACGGACGGCUCAAGACUCGGAUCACUCGCCUCCUCCUUCGACCUCUCCUUUCCUCCCACUCCAACAACCCCCUCUUCCGCCUGCCGCACCAUCCGUGAUCUCCACCGCCUCGUCCGCCGCAAACUCCUACACCUGGACACCGCGUCGCGCAGGGUUCUACCGCCCAUCCUCCGUCCAUCCCUCCGCAUCCUCUACUCCCCGCAGACUCCGCUCGUCCUCUCCCACACCCUCAACCUCCACAGCCGGCACCGGCACCCGAAGCCCCUUCACGCUCCAAUCGCCCCCUCCAGGCCGUGCAUUCGCCCUCCCCCUCCAUCAGCCCGUUACGACGACUCCGCAAGGCGUCACGUAUCGAUUCGCGUCGAGCCAGCACCCUUUGUUGGGUCCUAGGGCGGCGAGUACGAGUGCGAUUUCCCUUGCUGCUCAGGGUGAGGGAGCGAGGGGGAGGGGCAGUGGAGGGAGAAGGGGGAAGAGGGACUCGUUGUUGUUUGAGAGUCCGCCGAGGUCGCCUGUUGGCUUGGGCGAGUCUGAGGACGAGGGGUUGUCGAGUGAAGAGCAGGAGGCGGAUUCGGACCUCGACCCGCCUCCGACGCCGGGGGAACAAGAGGCGGAGGAGGGUGCGAGGAAGUGGGCUACGGUGCUUGCUGGGGCCGCGCUGGAUGCCGAAGGAGAGCACGAGGAGGAGGAGCGAAAGGCGGGCGGCAGCGGUUGGAGCGUGUGA